GGUCCCGGGGAUCGGAUAAGGUUGUCCCGAGUGUCAUACUGUGGCGAAACUCAAGAGGGGACGGCAAGAGGAGGACCGCAUUUAACAACUGCAGAGGCUAUUUGGCUCCUGCCCCAACCCCCCCAACCCCCAUUUUUUGUCACUACCUUGGAAAAAGAUCUGACAAUAAUCCAAACAACAAAGACUUUGGAAGAAUGAGUACCUACAACGUGUCACUGAGCGGGCCUGCGCCUUGGGGCUUUAGGUUGCAGGGAGGGAAGGACUUCAACAUGCCAUUGACCAUCUCUAGGAUCACUCCGGGGAGCAAGGCAGCGCAGGGAAACCUGAACCAGGGUGACAUCAUCGUGGCCAUCGAUGGGGUGAGCACUGACGGGAUGACUCACCUGGAGGCCCAGAACAAGAUCAAGUGUGCCAGUUUGAACCUGGCCCUCACAAUGCAGAGGUCAAAACGCCCAGUCCCUCAAGGCAACCCCAGAAUCGACUCUCCCUUAACUGUUAUCCCUCAUCAGAAGGGUCAAACAGCUCAAAUAAAUGGCAGCCUCUCGGCCCUGAAUACCUCCUCCGGCUCACUAGAGGCCCUCGGCGAGUCUCCCACCGCCAGGCACACGCCCAGCGAUGGGGCCAGGAGGCAGUAUAACACGCCCAUCGGGCUGUACUCGGAGGAGACCCUGAGGGAGAUGGCCAUGCUCCGGCAGGGUUCGGCAGCAGGCACCCCGGUGGGUAGCCCAGUUGAGCAUGCUCCAGUCUCCACCAGCCCUGCACCUCUCGCUCUGCCUGCUACCGCUGCUUUGCCCAAUCAGUCUGCCCCUGAGACGCAAAGCCUAGCCUAUCAGUCGCCUCCGCCUGCUGUUGCCCCGUGUCCAGAACCAACCCCUGUAGCUCCUGUCCCAGAGAGCCAGUAUGGUCAGGCUCCUAUGCACCAGGGCCCUCCCAUGUACCAAGGGCCUCCCAUGCAGCAACAGGGCCCUCCUAUGUACCAGGGCCCUCCAAUGCAUCAGGCUCAACCAAUGUACCAGGGCUCUCCAAUGCAUCAGGCUCAACCAAUGUACCAGGGCCCUCCAAUGCAUCAGGCUCAACCAAUGUACCAGGGCCCUCCAAUGCAUCAGGCUCCGCCUAUGCAGCCAGCUCCGCCCCCACAGCAGCCACCGCCCAUGCAGCCGGCCCCGCCCAUGCAGCAGAGCUCUAUCCAGAUCCCGAUGGGACCGCCCCCUCCCAAGGUGGUCAGCACUGCCUGUGUCUACCCUACACCACAACCAGCUCCAGCUCCUCCCCCGGCUGCGCCUGCAGACCCCUCAAACAGACCCCCUUGGGUCACCGACGACACCUUCGCCCUGAAGUUUGACCCCAGCAAGACCACCACCACCAGCAUGAAGGUCCAACCGCUCCCUCAGGGCGCCCCUCCUGCGCCAGCGUACAUCCCCCACCCCUCCUCCUCCGCUCCUCCCUCAGCCCCCAGCCCGGCGUACAACCCUGCCCCCGGCUCUGCCCCCGCUCCCUUACCCUCAGUGGCCCGCGGCGUGGCUCAGAGGGCGGAGCGGUUCGCUGCCAGCGGCCGUACAGCCCUCUGUGGAGCUUGCAACAACAUCAUUAGGGGUCCCUUCCUGGUGGCUCUGGGCCGCUCCUGGCAUCCGGAGGAGUUCAACUGUGCCUACUGCCACACAUCGCUGGCAGACGUCAGUUUUGUGGAGGAACAGAACAAUGUUUACUGUGAGAACUGCUACGGCGAGUUUUUCGCCCCCACCUGUGCCCGCUGCAACACCAAGAUCAUGGGGGAGGUGAUGCAUGCACUGAGACAGACAUGGCACACAACCUGCUUUGUGUGUGCCGCCUGUGGAAAGGCGUUCGGAAACAGCCUCUUCCAUAUGGAAGAUGGAGAGCCGUACUGUGAGAAAGAUUACAUUUCACUGUUCAGCACCAAGUGCCACGGAUGUGACUUCCCUGUUGAAGCUGGGGACAAGUUCAUCGAGGCACUAGGUCACACCUGGCACGACACAUGCUUUGUCUGUGCGGUGUGCAAUGUGAACCUGGAGGGUCAGCCCUUCUACUCCAAGAAGGACAAGCCCCUGUGUAAGAAACAUGCCCACGCCAUCAACGUGUAGAUGCUUGGUUGGCAGCCUUAAGGGGUGGAGAGCCAGCUGAAUGAACCCCACCAGCCUUGGUCCUAAAGUGGGGGUAUCAAUGCUAUUGAUGACAAAUACAUUUUGCAGAUCAGUAAAUGAAAUACUUGUUUUUGUUCACCAGUACUGAAACUAAAGACAACACAGCCUAAUGUUCCUUCUCUGAAAGGAAAUUAUGUGAUGAAAAGUGAUUGCACAGUACACUUUUUACUUACGUCACCCUCAACGACAACAAAAAGAAAUCGUACUUAUAUCAGAGAAAGUUUUAUUUAAUUCCUUUGUUACAAGACUCCUGGUAGGCUUAAGUCCUGGGACUGAAAGUCUAAAGACACGAGAAUGGUUUUAGUAGCAGGACUAUAGUACACACAAUACAGAUGCCUUAUUUCACAAAGACUGUCCUGUUCUGAAUGUAAAACAAAAACUGAAAAUUAAACAAAAAAUGUGACACAAAUAUAGAGUCCAGUAAAUAUAUCCAGACAGUUUUAAAUAUUUACAUUGGGUUUGAAGUAAUAUCACAAUGAUGCCUCACAGUGAUCAAUAGACCAAAUGUGAGCUGAUUUAACAAGUUUUACUAAGUAGUUACUAAUCACUGUUUGACUUCACACAGGAAUUGUAGUACUAACUCAGUUAAGUAUUUAGUAUUGAUUAAACAGUGUUAUUUAUUUGCAUAGGAAAACAGUCAACAGUGUUAUUCACUGGGCAGUGUGAUGAAACUAUACGUUCCAUAUUGAAUUAAUCAAUGAUGGCGUAAUAUUGAGACCUUAAGUUCCGUCACAAGAUUGUUUUUGUCUGUUUUUUUUGUCUGUCCCCUGGAUUCAUGAAAACUCCAGUGGGCAAAAAAAAUGUUUUUCGCUUUUGCCUUUGAUUUUGUUGUGCCUUUUGUCCAGAUAUAUUUCCUCUAUUUCAUAAAAAAAAUAUUGCUAUGCAUAUUCAGUUUGGUGCACAUGUCCAAGUCAACAUAACUCUUUUAGUUUCAAAUUUUACUGGCUCACACACCUUAAGGACACUGGAUGUGUGCUGGUGUACAAUUUUUACUCUGAUAUUUGUUUUAUACUGUGUAUUUGGUGUGUGUGUGUAUGUGUGCAUGCAUGAGUUGGUAUAUGAUUGUCUGUGCAUGUCUAAUGGGUCAAAUAAUAUAUGUUUUGUAUAGUGCCACUAGAAUCACUGAGCGUAACUAUUAUUUGAAUGAACUCUAAGAACCAUCAAACACUGAGUGAGUUUUACAUGUUUUUUAUUACUAUCCACUGGAAGGAAAAUUUAGGAUAUCUUACUAGAGGGAAAUGAGAUGGAAAUGCAGACUUGAAUUGUUGGUAGGAAUUGUAAAGUUGUUUCCAUAUUGAAACUAGUUGUAUAGUUUCCAACCACUAGGGGGCAAUAUAGUGUUGAUACCACUCACGUGGCAUGCCUCACACUAGUGACUAUUCACUUACCAAUCUAAACACAGUCAUGUAAUUGUUUUAAACUGCUGUCCCAUCCCCUGGCAACUUAAGUGUGUCUUUUCCUCUGCAUGUUAUUACCUUUCAUUGUUACUCAAAUGUUCCCCAUCCAUGGGUCCCGUGCAUGAAUUUUAUGUGUUUUUUUCACAAGAGCAUAGUUGUCAGUAGUUGGCUGAAUUUACCAAAAAAGUACAACAUUUUUUUUGAAUGCCUUCGUGAAACUUCAUUGAGGAUUAUUUCUUAAGUAUUGCUUCAAAAAACAACAAGUCCUGUUAACACCGUUUUUAUUAACCACUGCAAUCGAUUUUUGUCCUGGUAUCUGCAGUACUAUAUCAGUAGCCCAAACUGUGCUUAAUCACUAGUCUCAUUUGAUCAACUUACUAUGGUUCUGGUGGUGUUUUGGACACAUACAAUAUAGUGCUAGUCUAUCAUUUCACCAUCCAUUCCCAACUGACCACUCCCUCUUCUGCUGUCACAGUCAUUCCAUUUAGUGAACAUGUCUCUCUGGUGCAUCAAUCGUUUCUGAAGAGAGACAUACCAUCAGAACUCCCCAUUUCCACUUCCCAUUAAGUAAAUAACAACUGGGUAUUUAUUUCACAAGUAAUUUUAGGCUACUGAGUAAUGGUUCAGAUGACACGUUUAUGACACGUUCAGUUUGCACUGCUUUAUAUUAAACACUUGCAUCAGAUGUGUAAAGGGGCUGCAUCUUUCUCCAUGUUCUGUAUUUUAAGAAAUUACUUCUAUAGAGUAUGUUGCUGCUUUUCUUAGCAUGGGAUACACUCUAUUUAAUCUGAUAAUUUAUUUACUUAAACUUUUUCUAUUUUUUUUCAAUAAAAAUCAGAAUUAUGGCCUUGCUUUUGAGUAACUAGACUGUCAGGAAAAACAGACACAGUCAUUUGUUUUUAUUAAUAAAACAUAAUUAUAACUUUUGCUUUAAUUGUACUUUCAACUUUAUUGUCAGUGUAAACAAGGUCUUCCCACAACGCUUUUUUUUUUUAUAACUCAAUUUACUCAACUUGCCAUAGAACUUUCAAAAUGAUAUGGAAUUUAGAUUUAGGGUUGUUAGAAGGGAGACUGGAUACAGUGAAAGGUACAAAUGUCCUUCCUGAAGAGAUUGUAUCUUUAAGAUUGAGGUAGUCCACUGUCAAAAGUAUUUGUAUGUGUUAAAUUGUUUUGUGUAUCUAUUUGGAAAAGGCAGAAGCUUAAUUUCCACUGUGGAGAAUCCUUGAAUUGACCGAAUGUUAUGGAUGGCCUUAACUUGCAUGUUGAAUCCAAUACCAAACCCUAAUGCAUAUCAACCAGGAAUAAAAUACUUGUAUUGUUGUUUUACUGUGCCACAUAUAGGGUCUGCCCGUAUUGACAGCCAAUGUUGGAAAGCUGCUGUUAUUGUUUCUGCUAGGAAGGUUUGAAUCAUGAACAUUUGUUAAUAAAUGUUAUUUCCCAACACUA